AUGUGGGAGAGUUAUGGUCGCUGGGUCUUACUCCUACUAUCUUUGAAGACAAUACUUGCCAGUUCUACUUGCCAAAAUGCUACAAUUACAUCUUGCGAAGAGUGUAUGGCAGUGGAUCCCGAUUGCAUCUGGUGUAGUGACCCUCUGGACGAGAACGAAUUGAAAAAAGUUAACAAGGUCCGAUGUCGUUCUAGAAACGCGCCCGGAAAUUGCCGGACAUUUAUCCAGCCGAAGUCGGACACGGACUACAUCGAUCCCAUGGAGCAGUCUCUUAUGCCUCGUAAAGUUAACAUAACCUUGAGAAGAAAUUUCCCGUAUAAUGUCUCUCUGGAAUUCACCCGGCCUGAGUAUGCGAACAUUGAUCUAUUCUACUUGUUGGACCUUUCACACUCCAUGCAAAAAUACAUGAAUUAUGUGAAAGAGUUCUUUCCAACGCUGGUAGAUCGUAUGAGGGUAUUCGCAGUCGACCCGAACAAUGAUGACUCCCGAAAUGAUGACCAAUUUCGAAUUGGCUUCGGUGCUUUUGUCGAUCGCCCCGUCGCGCCGUUUUUCUACGAUCAUCCAGCUCACAUUAAGAAUCCUUGCGCCAGAGACGGAAAUAAUCGAAUAUGCAGUCCCACUUUCACCUUUGAUAUUACUUCACGACUGACGUCGAACGUAGAAAGGACGAAGAAAGAUCUCACGUCGAUGAGCACGUCAGAUAACAUUGACCCGUCUGAAGCGGUGCUCGACGCAAUUCUUCAAAGUAUUCGUUGCGAACGGGACAGCGGUGUUGGGUGGCACAGCGGCGCCUUCAAACUUCUUGUUGUCACAACCGAUGCGUCUUACAAAGCAGCGGGCGACGGCCUUAUUGGUGGACUCUUCAAUGCAAAUGACGGUCAAUGUCACAAGGGCGCAAACUGGCCCUUUUAUGAGACUAAUAUUGAUUAUCCAUCUAUCGGCCAAAUCUAUGAAGCCGUUGAGGGAAGUGGAGUCGGAAUUUAUUUCCUGACGAUUCCAAGCAGCAACAAUCAAGUAAAUCCUCUCGACGCAUACAAGGAACUUGCGAAAAUCUUGCCAAAUGCUGAAGCAGGCUUAUUGUCAAGCAACGGAGGCGAAAAUGAAUAUGGGGAAGCUAUCGAUAUGAUUGUCGCCGCGUAUGAAAAAAUGGCGGAGAAAGUUCUUCUCAGAGGCUCUGCAAAUCACCCUGAUCACUUGCACGUUGUCGUUUACAAAAAAUGCGGAAAAGAUGAGGAUUACGUCAAAUGCGAAGAUAUCAACAAAUGCCUCUGUGAAAAAGUCGCAAAGAAAGAAAAAGUAAACUUCAUGAUCGAAUACACUUGGAAUGAAGACUGCCCAGAAGGGGACUGCAUGCCCUUCGAACAAGAGUUUUCUAUUUUCGGGACAGAUGAAACAACACAUGCAGGAAUUCACUUCCUCAAUCACUGUGACUGCCAAGGUGAUAGCAACCCACCAUCGUAUAUAAAAUGUCAAAAUGGAAAAUAUCACUGCGGAGAGUGCGCGUGCGAUGAAGGGUUCGAAGGAGCGUUGUGUGAGUGUGCUGAUUCUAAUGACAUAGCAGAGGACCUUGAACAUUGUGCACCACCUAUAGAAGACUUCUUGUUAGAACUCAGUCUGUGUUCUGGAAAAGGAACAUGCGAAUGCGGGAAAUGUGCAUGUAACAAGGAAGACACAGGAUUUAGAGUUGAUGGCGAGUUCUGUGAGUGUGAUACAAGUGUUUGCCCAAGCACGGGCGGUAUGGAAUGUUCCGGACAUGGAACUUGCGAUUGUAAAAGCACCCUUUGCGCCUGUGAUGAAGGAUGGGAAGGCAAAGAUUGCGCUUGUAGUAGCGACGUGAGUGGCUGUAUGGUCGGUGGCGUUGAAUGUGCUGGAAAUGGAGAAUGUGAAUGUGGAGUUUGCAGAUGUAAACAAACCAGUUUCGGAUACUACGACCCCAACGAUAACUGCCAAACUUACAUUGAUACAUGUGAUACCAUUCAAGAUUGUGCACUCUGUCUCUAUGCGGCAAAAGACCAAAACUCUUUGGAAGAUGGGAGUGAUUUCGUCGUAAGAGAAGAGUGUGGUAAUAAAUGCCCCGAUGAUUUCAAAGACUUGCAAAUGAGGAAAGAUGGCUCCUAUGUUCUCAAGAAUGCACCGCUUCAUUUUACUGAAGAGUCAAAAGUCCAGGAAGAAGGCAAUGAUAUGCAGCGAUGUACAUAUAUGACGAUAGUCGAUGGGGAAUCCUGCACAUUAGAGGCCUUUAUGGCACGAAAGAACGAUGACGAAAAGACCGAAUCAAACAUUAUUAUUGGAGCUCCAGAUUGCAAUUUGUUCCCUAUCAAUGCAGCUUCAUUAAGUAUUUUGGUAUUCCUUGCCUUUCUGGUAAUUGGUUUGAUUAUCUUGCUUAUUUCAUGGUUUGGGAUCUGGUACUACCGAAGGAAAGAGUAUCUGGAUCACAAGAAAGCGCUAGAGGCGAACCAGUACAAACAAAAUCCACUCUACACGGAACCCGUUACAGAACAUUCCGCAUUCUAA